AUUUCAGAUGCCAACUCAGACUUUAUGAAGCUGAAAAAUCCAAGAAUGUAUUUGAAAUGAAACCAACUUGUGUUGAAUAGCCAUAAUGAUGAAUGAAAGAGGAAGAACCAAGCAAAAUUGAUGGAUGUUCUGCAAGAUAACUCCUCAGCACAAGAACAGAGUCCAGCAUUGAUUAAUGGGGUGAAUGAAAAUGAAUCGCUUGAAGUGGGGAAUGAUGUGAGGCCGUUGGCUCCCACAGAAGUUGCAGUUAUAGUUUCUUCUCCAUCUGAAGAAUCUAAUUGCUCCCAAAAAGCAAAUCAUUUGUAUCACAGAAACUUACCACUGCUGACUUCGAAGGAACCCUGCAUGCUAAGCCCUCCAUCUCCUUUAAGAUUGACUGAUGUACCUGAACAGAAUUCAAAUGACUCCUCUACUCAAACAAUCUCACUUACAUCUUGUGCUACAAAGGUUGUGAGUCCCUGGUCCUUGCCAGAGGAUUGUGAAAGAACUUCAUUUACAAUAAUGGAACCUGGAGGUAUAUCAACUUUAUCUAAUGACUGUCUAAUGCAGCAGAGCCGAACUUGCUUGGGUUGUUUUAUUGAAUCAAAAGAUGGUGUUGACCCAGAGCCAGGAAUUAGCCUGAAAGUGGGUGAAAUAAACAGGGAUUACGACACUUGUUCCAUUUCAGAUAUUCAAUGCAUGAGCACAGGAGAAGGUGCAAGAUACGGUGAACAGUUGCUUUCAGAUCAGCUCUUAAGCUUUCCUUUGCAUAAAUCACGGACAAUGGAUAAAAAAGAUUUGGAAAAGUCAGACAGUGAUUCUGAAGAUUCCACACCAAAAAAUUACUAUGAGGGAUUAUUGUUAGACAAAUGUGGUGGAGAUGAAGGUCUGUUGUCAAAUACCAAUCAAGACUGGGGUUAUUUUGAGUCUUUUAUUAGUGAAAGUAAGAUUGAGCUCCUUGACCUUUGCUCCAGGAAUGAGCUGUCAGUGAACCUGUUUUCAGAAGAGGAUGUAGAUAAUUACAUGUUUGAUGAUGAUGAUUCCACACUUAGCAGUGAUGUUUGUUCCUUAAAAAUUAGAUACGAGUCCUUCCAAGACAACAUUCGAGAGAAAAGCAGUGCACUUCAGGAGGAGACACAGUUUAAUUUUUUCCCCAAUGUCCUAGUAAAUUGUACAAAAAAAGAAAAUAACAGUGUUAAGAAGAAUAUUGAAACUAUACAGUUUAAAACAGAUGAGAUCAGUCUUUGGACUAAUGAAGAAAAAGCAGAUAGUCCUGCUGAACCAGCAUCUUAUAUGACCCCAAAAAGAAGUUUUUUCUUUGAUUCAAACAAUUCUGCUGAGGAUUCAGGUGAAUAUAGUGAUGACAGUUCUUGCACUGGCUCUUCUUACGAUACCUUUAGAGAAGUCAAGGACUGUGGCCAGCUGCUAUCCAGAGAAAAUUCAAGUUCAUCUAGCCAACUCAACUAUGGCUUGCGAGCUAAGCGGAAAGUCAGAUACAGUGAUGAUUAUCUGUAUGAUGUGGAUUCCAUUGAUAGUGAAAAGAAUGUAGAAAAAAGAGAAGCACAACCUUUUGGACCUAAAGAGGAAGAUGAUGAUGACUGGUGUCCAAAAAAGAGAAGAAAAUCUUCACGCAAAGAGCCCCCUGUUAUCAUUAAAUAUAUCAUUAUUAACCGGUUCAAAGGAGAGAAACAUAUGCUAGUAAAACUGAGUAAAAUAGAUCCCACGCACAUCACAGUGAACUUGAAUGCUGAACUCCUGAGUCAAUAUGAAAAAAUGGCUCCUUUGAAGGACUUUUGGGAAAAACAACAGCGUGAUAGAAAUGAGUUACUCAGCAGGGCUCAUAUGAACUUGAAUAGCUCCAACCGUCUUUCUGGUUCCAUUCCACCAAAAAGAAAACAUAAAAUUGCCAGUAGACUCAGAAUUCAGCGAAUUCAAGCUGUUGAGCAUUCAUUGAGUAAGCAGGGAUCUUUUUCAUUUGAGCACAAACGAAGUAUCAUUGGUAAAAGUGAUGCCACCCUAACUGGCAUGUCUUUAACAAUUGCUACAGCCAACCAUGCAAGCAGAUUAGAGGCUACCGACAUCAGGCAUAUUGGCUCUGUCAAAAGCAUAACACAAGAAAGAGAUGAGAAGGGAACUGAAAACAAAAUUAUAAGAUUAAAAAAAUUCAAAAGUGAAGCUAGGUUGAAAAGCAAAAAGUUAAAAAUUUUGCAAGACACUGAAAAUGUGAAAAAUCUAGCUGAACCUUCCUCUGGGACAGAAAAUGGUGACAAUGAGAACUGUGUGAAGAACGUGGGUAGUGAAAUAGCUACACAAAGCCCCCAGAUGGAUGAAAACCUCCCACAAGAUAAUUCUACCAUAGGAGAAAAAAUAGUUUUCAUGCCAGCCACUUGCUCUGACAGUGAACCUGCACCACCUACUGAAAUUGCUGGAAAUGUCCCGGUUGUUCCUGGAGGCUAUCUGCAAACGUUGUUAGAUGCUUCUGAUUCUUCAAGUAGUUCUGGUAUUUCCUAUUUCCCCCAGCACUCUUCUGGACAACCCCCUGAUGGCAUAUCCCAAUCUGAAAAGCAGUUCACCUCUUUACAACUUGCACAGAGCUGUGUUCUCUCCCCACCCUCGGAAUCAGAGCUACAGCAGUCGCCUCACCAUUUGGAAAUGGAGCAAAAUUUCUCACAUAUUUGGCAGCCUGGUUCCAGCCAAGCAUUUGGGCCUCAUGUUGCUGACAAUUCUUUGCAAUCUAACAACUUUAAUGGACCCUUAUCUGUUCAAAUGCCAGACAGCUUGUCUGUUUCAGAAUAUACUCAACUAAGCUUGAACAGUAGCCGGCUUCCUUAUCACAAGAGUUAUUUGCAUGAUCAACCAUUGCCAUCUGAUAAUGAUUAUCAGUCUUGUCAGUUACCCUGUGGAGAGCCACAUUUCCAAUUUCAACCUGCAUCUCUUAGUUCAGAUGAUGGCAGAGUGGUCACUUUUGAUUCAGGAGGUUCCAUGGCUGGCUCUUCUAGCAACUAUAACACUUUAACUCUGAAGCCAUGCGAUAAAGAUGGCGAAGAUGACAUUAAUGAUAACUUUUUAGCUCACUGCAGUCCAAAACUUGUUAUUCAACAGAGUGUAGACGAAAUUGUGCCCCUGAAGGAGUCUGCAGAUCUACUGGACAUCUCAAAUUUUACUCCUGAUAAGUUUAGACAUUCAUCCCUGUCGGAAAUGUCACCUCCGGACACUCCCAAUUUGUCUCCUCAGGCAGGUGGGUUAGAAAACAAAUCUACUGGCAAGUCAAAAGAUUUCCAAGAAACAUCCGAAGGCAUUCUGAAUAGUUCACAAGAGAUUAAAUGGAACUGCAGUGUCCCACAGCAGAAUCAACAUACCGAUACUUUCCUCGUGAACAAUCAUCAGUUUCAGUUUCACAUGUUUAAUGAUGAUGAUCCUGUUGGCCUGGUGGAAAAGCCUCCUUGUCAGGAGGCUUUUGACAAGCAGUUAUGUCAAAACAGCAGCUCCCCAAGACUGUCAAAAUCUAAGAAAAAAUCCUCUCCAAAGCAAAAUAUAGGAAUGGAUCAGAAAACUACAAAGAGAGCAAAAGUGCCAAAAGCUUCCAAGUCAGCUGAGAAAAAUAAAAAUCCCCGCCAAGGUUCCAGAUCAACAAAGAAACAAAAAAAUUCUACGGAUGCAAAGAAUAGUAAAGCACAGGGAACAAAUGAAAAACCACAAGGGAAAUUUCGAAAUCACAUUGCACCACCAACACAGAUGCUUAAAGAUGGUAUUACUGUUCACAAUCCAGCCUCUAGUGUCUCUGGUUUACCUGGAGAAUGGCCUUUAAGUAAAGAAGCAAAUGCAUGUUGGUCAGAAACGAACGCAGCACACAACAAAAACCUCCUUGAUGACGAUCAGAGAGAGUUUGAAGAGCCCUGUAACAUCCUGUCCAACAUUGCAUCUGGAAUGGCUGAGGUUCAGAGAUUCAUGAUGGCUUCUAUUGAACCCCUCUGGGGCCCUGCCUCUGGUGUCUGCCAUCCUCCCGAAGCCAACAGCCUCAAGCUGAAAACCCUAAAAAUCCUUGCCAGCACACCCCCAGACUCCAAAAAAAAGGGCAGCAACACUGGUGUAACUCCAGGUCUGUCUAAAACUCGCAAGCCAUCCAGCAAGGGAAGUAAAAAUCAGGGUAAAACAAGCAUUUCUAACCCCAGUAUCCCAAACACUCCAGGGGAAUGUGGUCCUAAUGCGGCAAGGAGUUUAUUUGAUAAAAGUGGCCAUAAUCUAACCUGUUCAGCCAGUAAUGGUCCUGCGCAUAAAAAGAUGUACCGCCACAAAACAAGUGCAAAAUUCCCAAGGGAUGAGAAUGGUAAGGGAAAACGAGCUGAUCGAGACCAGAAUAAGGAUUUAGCAGUGAUGACCUCUUUUGAAAAACUGAGGUAAUAUUCCGUUCCUCUGGCUGCAGUGCACCCCUUCAAACUUUCCUUCCACCUGCUAAGCCCCUCUGACCCUCGUUUUACCCUCUAGACUCAAAUAUGAGUUGCAUGGCAAAGACAUUCCCCUUUUUUUCAGAGAGAAAACAACUUGCAUGAAAAUUCUUGUACUUGCAAACUACCUAUUGACUAAUUGUUUCCAGCAUGGCUGGGUUUUAUCUGCCAUGUCUGCAAUUUUUGCUAUGUUGCUGCUUCAGAUUUUUAUGUUUUUUUUUUUUGUUUUGGUUUUAUGUUUGUUUAUGCUUUUUUAAUGAAAAGCCUUGAUAUUUUUAUUGAAAAUACUAAGCCUUUUUGUGAAAUGUAAUUUUGUGUGGCAUUUGCUGCCCCUCCCAAACAGUUCUCUCUUUAAAUGUGUAUCUGUAUACAGACACUUAAAAACGUAAGCACCUGUCUUUUAUAUGCAGAAACGGGAUAACCCUACUCCUCCUCCUGCAUUUUUACUGCCUGAAAGCAUCACAAGGCACAAUGAUUUUAUCACUUUGUUCAAUAGUUCAUCCUCAGAACAUGGAACAUUUUGAUUUUGCUAAAAGAAAAUGGACUUCAUUUUUCUUAACUCAAAAAGGGGCCUUUUUUCUAUUGCAUAUAGUGUCUGAAGAGAUUCUUGGAAUGGUAUUAUUUACGUUACUAUCAGAAAUACUUUGUGGAUUUUUGUUUUUCCUUUUUAUUAUUAAAAGGGAUGUCCUUAAGAAUCAUUUCUUAGUAAGCCCGGACAAUUAAUGAUAGAAAUUUCAGUUUGAUCUUUCAAAAAGUGGAAUUUUUGCUAAUGCAGUUGUACAGAAAAACAUAUGCACUACUUGCAAAAAUUAAAUACACGUGCCAAACAAUGUGACUGUACAGACAAUUUUCUACGUGAACACUUCAUUUUUUCUUUGUUUUUCAGUCUUGUGCAGAAAAAGAAAAACAUUCCAGAACUUUUUUCUUCCCUUUUUUUUUUUUUUUUUUUUUUUUUUUUUUUUAAAACUCAAUCCCAUUAAGAAGCACCUGCAGCUGACAGUGGUACAACACUUUGACCAAAACCUAAAGACUGACGUCUCUUUUUUAGCAAAUUUAAAUUACCUCGACUUUACCCAGAAAUUCAAUUCUCUGGAUUAUCAAAAUCCUAUUGAAAGCUGACAAAACAUUUUUCUAUUCAGGAUGAGGAAAUUGUUGACAUUAAUUCCACUUGUGUUUUAUUGGAUUCUAAAGGAAACCUGAAAGGCAUCAGAAGUUCCCUUACGAGUGGAAGUUUGUGGCAUAGGUAAUGGCCAGUGUUUGCCUUGGAGACUCCUGCCUUCACAGAUCUGAAUGUAUCUCAUCAUGAACUUACAGAAACACAGGGGUACCAUUGUUGAGCUGCUGUUUUUUUAUGGUGCUAAGGGAAUCUGCUUGUCCUAGAGACAUUGUCUGUGCCCUUUUUUAAGAAUGUAUUCGAUAAUGUCAUGUUUGAUGUUCUUAUACCAUGGUUUUGACAUUAAUUAGAUUAAAUUUGCCUUUUUCCUCUCAAAUAAUAAAUAAAUAUAAACUAUCAAGCUUUAUAAAUAUUAUCCAGAAGUGUUUCCCAUGGGAUUCAUAAGGAACUCCAACAUCUUAACAAAAUCUUGUAUAUUUUUCAGUGUGCCAAUUUGUAAAAUAUUUUGUAAGUGUAUAUUUUUCUUAGAAAGUGCUGUGAAGUAUUUGUGUGCGUGUGUGUGCGUGGGUACCCUUUAUGACACCUGAUGGUGUUAAUAAAAGGAUGUAUAAUGACAACAAGUUUCUGGUUUUAAAAACCAAAUUCAAGUGAAAAUGGAAAAAAAAAUUCUUUUGUUGGGGAAUUUUCUAAUAAGACAAAUCUUGUGUUGAGAGUGUAGUGCUAUGGUGUUAAAAUUAAUGCAAAAAAGUGACAAAAAAGUAAAACACUAAUUUGUGAACUCUUUGCUGUUUUAUAGAUUUCAUGUAAAUUAUACUGGUAUUUUUUUGUUUUGUUGUAAUUGUUGCAAAGGUUUUAAAUAUUUGUGAAGCCUGUAUGGUGACAAUGUAAUAUUGUUAACUUGCUGAGUUUUGUAAUAAUGUUUAUGGAAUAAAUAUGAAAAUGAGCUUUUGAAAGCUGCUUUGAAAAUAA